CCUUCUUCCUUAACAUCACACUUACAAUUCAACAACAUAAGAACAGGAUUAUAUUAUGGCGGCGAAUUCUUCUUACGAGACAUCAUGGGCGGAUCAGUGGGACCCAGAGCCACUUUAUGAAUACAACAGGAAUGAUCGUAAGGCCAGCAAGCAAUCAUCGUCGUCGUCGAAAUUCUCCGGCAAGAUGGGCGAAACCUUCGAUAAAACUAAGGUUGUGGCUUCCACGGGUGUGAAGAAAGCGAAGGCGGGAGCUUCUGCGGGUUUUCACUGGAUCAAAGACAAGUAUCAUAAGACUACUCAUAAGAACUAGCUAGCUAGGCUGCUAGCAGGACAUAUUAUUAAUGUUUUUUUUUUUUUUUUUUGUGGGAAUUGAACUUUAUUAUGUUGUUUCCUUUCUCCUAUGAUUAUUUUAUUUUUGUAAAAGAAAAGAAAAAUUAUUGUUGUAUAGGUUAAUAUGGCCGAGUCAUGUAUUCAUUCGUCAUAUGUUUGUUUCAGUUAGAAUAUUAUAUUGAUUUUUUUUUUAAGAAAGAAUAUUAUAUUGAUUUUUUAUGAA